CUGCUGCUGCUGCGCGGGGGCAAGAGAGGGGAGGAAGCGUGUUUGUUACGGGAAGCUUGCUGCUUGUGGGAGGCGUCAUGGCUCAUCUGCAAAAAUGGGGAGCGCUGGAUGAGGCGCUGAACAGUGUUGCGGGCAGAUAGGGUUGGAGGGGGGAGGUGGAAGUUGAGAAAAUGUCCAGAACGAAUUCGGGGGUAUGCCAAGCUAUAGCUGGGGCAGGGACGGAAGCACUAGAGAUGGGGGAACUAAUCGACCAGACUGGCUUUGAGGGGGGGGGGGGGGGCGCGAAAUACCGUUCGUGCAUACGUUCGCUGGCGCGCGCCAUCCCUCGCAGGAAAUGGCAAACUCUCGUCUGCAGCGUCAGCGUUCACUGUUUCGCGCUUGCAGCACUGGUUCAUGGUUUGACGUUUGUUUUGGCCCCCUGCUUCGUCUGCUCAGCUGGUCUUGACGGGGGACAUUGCGAGCAUCAUUUUGCACGCUGCCCUCCCAAUUAGUUCGCGCUUGCAGCACUGUCAUGUUAUCGCAUUUCUUUUGGCCCCGCUUUGUCUGCUAGCUAGUCUUGACGGGAC